AUGAACUGGUCUUCUUCUGUGCUCACUUCAGUCUCUUCUGACACCGAACCGUGUAUCAUCGUCACGUUUGAUAAUGCAAAGUACAUAUUCAAUACUAGCGAAAAUACGACCCGCGCCUUUCUCCAGACUGGUCGGAACUGGAAGCGGACGCGUGCGUUAUUCUAUACACAGGCUAGAAUAGAGAAGGUGGGCGGAUUUCCAGGUUUGCUUAUGACCUUUGCCGAUGCUACGAUCGAGAACCUCAAUGUGUUUGCACCACCCGGUUUCAACCAUAUAUUGGCUAGUAUGCGGUUCUAUACCUACAGAGACACCAUCAACAUCAAGUCUACUGAACUCCCCUGGGUACAAACGGCACCCUCUUCUUCUCCAAAGCCAUGUUAUACAGAUGACAAUCUGAAAGUUUACUCCAUUCCUGUCCUUCCUGAAGACUCGGCGAGUUCAUCUGAGAAAACUCGAUCAGUGAUCACUUCGGAAUCCACAGACUUGAUGGACUGUGAGACUUCCUCAGACGCGUCAGGAAAAAGGAAACGCGAACCGUCGCCUGACUUUCCUCACAAGAAACAUCACGUUGAAGACACAAAGCGAAACGCGCCAGGAAAAAUUCUGUACUCCGAUGCUUUAUGGAAGGCGAUGCAAAAGGAAGGGUUCAAACCAGAAUUUCUGACCGGAGAGCUGGCGGAUGAAUAUCGUUCUGCAAUCAUUCGUAGCAUGUUUCCCAAUACGCGACCGAAUUCACUAAAGACGGAGAAGAAACCCAAACCUCAGCAGGGCAAAAAGAAAGAUUCAAAGGACGCCAAUGUUGUUAGUGUUUCGCCUCAGGAAGAGGAGAAGGUCGAUAUAGAUGAUUACAAGCGGUCCACCAAGAUUUCUCCGCCGCCUGGGUUCAGGUUACAACUUCCCAAUCCUGAAUCUAACUUACGAUCAUCUACUAACCCUCCUGCAAUGUCCUAUAUACUUGUCGGCCCUCAAUAUCGUGGCAAAUUCAACGCCCAACGGGCCUUGGAAUUAGGCAUUCCCAAUGGGAAGCUAAGAAGUCAGCUAGCUCAGGGACAGACAGUUACGUUCGAAGUCAAGGAAGAAGAGGAAACUAUUAUCAAAACUGUGAGACCUGAAGAGGUUCUCGGUGUUGCAGAAAAAACAGCGGCGAUAGUCAUCCUGGAUGUGCCUUCGGUCGCCCAUAUAUCCUCUCUGAUAUCUUCUUUCCAGGAAUCCGACUUCUACCAGAAAUUUUGGGCCAAAGAUCCAGCAGUGUUCGAGACAACAGAGAGGGAAUAUAACAUGCGCGUGGUGUAUCACAUGUGUGGACCGGGUGUCCUUGAAGACAAGCGAUAUAAAGCUUUCAUGCACGGUUUCGGACCAAUAGCUCAUCAUAUCAUUGGUUCGAGGGAGCAUUGCGCUGAUCCAGUGACAUUUACCAGUGCUGCCCACAGCCAUUUACGUCUGAAAGCACUCGACGAAAAGAUAUUCCAUAUACCCAAAUACAACUUGACCCCGAAAAAGCCACUCUCAGAGGUAUCUGGCCUUCCGCCGAACGUGAUUGAAAUGAAAUCUACCCUUAAAAUCAACAUGAGGCCAUGGACACCUCCUGAGCCCGACCCCGAGGUCGUGAAAAGAGACAAGUUCCAUCCUAUAGUAACAGGCACCCUUCCACUAGAAUUUUCGCUUGCUUUGAAGGAAUCCAUCAAAGAGGUGAAGCAAAGUAUUGCCCAGGUUGAAGCGCAAAAGGACAAGAGUAUGAGUGGAGAACCCGGUGCCAAUGUGGGUGUCAUUACGCUGGGCACAGGUGGGUCGUUGCCUAGUAAAUACCGCAAUGUAUUGUCAACUCUCAUCACUGUACCUAAGUAUGGAAACAUUCUACUUGAUGCUGGAGAAGGUACUUGGGGACAAAUGGUUCGAAACUUCGGACUCGAGGACUCGACUUACAACGUCUGGCAAGCUCUGCGUGACCUCAAAUGCAUAUUCAUCAGCCACAUGCACGCGGACCAUCAUAUUGGUCUGGCGAACAUCCUCGCGAAAAGAAAGCUUCUUGAUCCACCACCUGACCAGCCACUCUACGUUGUUACCAUUCGUGGGGUACAUAUGUAUCUUCGUGAAAUGAACGCGGUACAAGACAUCGGACUGGACGAUCCAUCCGGGAACGGCGUCGUUCCAGUAUUGAGCGAAAGCGUGCACUACAACUCUCGAAAUGGGUACACCGGGCAAGGGAUAUGGCAUAUUGGAGGCGACGAGCCAUGGCUGGACUAUACAACGUCCGUGAAGAACGGAAAGAGAAUGCGAGCCUCGCUUGGAUUGGAAUCCUUCCAAACGGUAGAUGUGUUCCAUCGGUGCAGAUGUUUUGGCGUUGUCUUCCGCCACACAGAUGGUUGGAGCAUUGCGUUUUCUGCUGAUACUGCCCCUUCAGAAAGUUUAUGUCGCCGUGCUCGCAAAGUGACUGUGUUGAUUCACGAAGCAACAAUGGCAGAUGAAGAAGCUGAGUUGGCCAAGAAGAAAAACCACAGCACCAUUGGACAAGCUAUCGCGGAAGGGAAAAAGCUCGAUCUUAGGAUGGAUGCAAAAAACAUUGUCUUAACCCACUUCUCCGCCCGAUAUCCCAAGAUGCCACCGUAUCUCACUAAAAAUACACCGACGCCGUCAAACUUCGCCAUGCAGAACGCAAUUGUCCCUACCUUUGACCAUGUCAACCUGACCAUCGGUGAUAUGUGGAAAAUGCAGUUUUAUAUGCCCUCUGUGAACCACAACUUCAGCGAUACAUUUGAUCAGGAUGAGGACGACGACGUCGCAACACCAACGGGAAAUGUGUCUCUUGGUUAA